UUUUUUGAAAACCAAAUUUCAUUUUCACACAUAAUAUUAAUUAAAGUUUCCGCCUAUAGUGCGUGUUCUCCAGAGCCUCCAGGCAUCUUCUCUUUCAUGCUGUUUUUGUGUAACAAUAACAAUAACAAUGGCGGUUCAAGCUCAUUAUCAUCAUCAUCAUCCUUCUAAUCUUCUUCAUCUCCACAGAAACAACGAUUGCUCAUUUGUUGAUGAUCAAGCGUCUAAUCAGAUAUUAUUCACCGAUUUUCCAGUAGGAAACAACAACGGAAGUAAUAACUCGAGAAAAGUAAUUAGAGAAAUCGAUAUCGAUAUGAAUCAAUCGAUGUCUCUUCUUCAUCAACAACAACAGCAGCAGUUUCGUAAUCAUCAAAACGUCGACGUUUCCACCGGUCUCCGGUUAGCGCAUUCUGUUUCAUCUCAAUGCUCUGCUUUAUCCUUCUUAUCCGAUGAAUUAUCGUCGCAAAUCAAUCAACAACGAGACGAAAUCGAUCGUUUUCUUCACGCACAGGGAGAAGAGCUGCGGCGCAUGUUAGCAAACAAAAGGCAUGCUGACUAUUGUUCGCUGCUCCGUGCGGCGGAGUCGUCUAUCAUGAGCCGGAUGAAGGAGAAAGACACCGAGGUGGAGAAAGCGAAGCGGCGCAACAUAGAGCUGGAGGCACGAGCGGCGCAUCUUAGCGCGGAGGCGCAGGUCUGGGAAGCAAGAGCUAGGGCACAAGAACUGGAAGCGGUGGCGUUGCAGUCGCAGCUGGAACAGGCUAUCGUGAGCCGGAGUGUAGGGAGUAGUUUAGCAGAACGGGAGGGGGUGGGGCAACGAUGCGCCGUGGACGAUGUGGAGGAUGCUGAGUCAGCGUAUGUGGAUCCGGAACGAGUUGUGUUAGUGAGUGGACCCGGUUGUAAGGCUUGUGGGAAACGAGUCGCCUCAGUGGUGUUGCUACCGUGUCGGCAUCUGUGUGUUUGUACAGAGUGUGACGGUGUCGUUUCGUCCUGCCCGUCAUGUCUUUCGUUUCGCAGCUCUAGCAUUGAAGUUUACAUGUCAUGAUUGUGGGCCCUCAUGAAGCCCAGUUUUCAACAGCCCAUUCACCUGAAAACUUACUGAAUGGUAAAUUUGGAAAUUUAUAUCUUGGCUGCAGUAAAAACUAAAAAUGAAAAAAGUGAGAUGAAUGAAUAUAUCCCCAAUAAAAAAAAAAUAUAUAUAUAUUUCUUAAUAUUUUUAAAUUGACUUUUUCUUUGGGUUAUUAUAUGUAUUUCUUUUUUAUCCCACAUGAAAAAAAAAAGAACUAUUUUGUUGCCUUGUAGGGGGCACUAUGUAAUUUUAGAAUUUUUUUAUUAUUUUAAUUUUUAUUUAUUUAUUUGUCAUUGUAAUUCCACACAUGAAUAUUUUUAGUUUUGUAGUGGGAUCUUGCCUUAUGAACCGAAAAUGGUUUGUUCUUUUGGGAUAA